GUUGGACUGGCAGCAAAACAAAGUAGAAUAAGAAAUAUUUCAAGCACAGUAGUGAAAGUAAAACAGAUCCUUGGCAGAAGCCAGAAGUGUGGCCCUCAGACCUGGCUUCUCAGCAAUUAGCCCUGAGAGGAAAGAACCGAUGCUCCUGGAAAUAUGCUGAGAACACACAGAGCUUCCCCACGCCUUCAAAAUUGUACCCUGCUACCCAGGAGCUUGCUUCAGUAGCCUUCCUUCCCGGCCCAUUAUGGCUACCCCCAGUAGCAGUGCGGGCAUCCGGUGGUCCAGACAGGAGACACGAACUCUUCUCUCCAUACUAGGCGAGGCAGAGUACAUCCAGCGUCUCCAGACUAUGCAUCAUAAUGCAGAUGUCUAUCAGGCCGUGUCUAAGCGGAUGCAGCAGGAAGGCUUCCCCCGCACCGAACGCCAGUGCCGCUCCAAGUUUAAGGUUCUGAAGGCAUUGUACUUAAAGGCCUAUGUUGCCCAUGCCACAAGUAUGGGGGAUCCACCGCACUGUCCAUUUUAUGAUACGUUGGAUCAGCUUCUUCGAAAUCAGAUAGUAACUGACCCAGACAACUUAAUGGAGGCUGCUGCUUGGGCCAAGCACUGUGAUCAAAAUUUAGUGGCUCCUGACACUCCAGGGCAAGAGGGAACCAGCACUCGGAAAGUGAAAGGGACUCAGGCAGCUGGUCAUCAGCAUAUUUUGCAAACAGUUAAGGAAUCAGAUGAGGAUUGUGAGCUGAGAAUCAGUGACCGGAUGCAAGAAGCCAAUGACCUUGAGGACUCCUGGGAUGAAUCCUCGGGUGCAGGGUGCUCUCAAGGGACCCCCAGCUACAGCAGCUCCCACCACCUUUUCAGAGGUGCAAUUGCUCCCUGUCAGAGCAUCCCCAUGACCAGACUGGGUGUGUCGAGGGAAUCCAGUCCCUGCAUCAGCACCAGCCGAAACCCUCGUGGGGCAGCCUCCACACCUCCAGGCUCCUCUUCCGCAAUUGCUUUUAUCUCUGGUGGGGAUAAACCUCUGACCAAUGAGCCCCCUCCACGGUGGGCAAGGCGAAGAAGGCGCUCGGUGGCCAGGACCAUUGCCGCUGAGUUGGCAGAAAACAGGAAGCUGGCACGAGAACUCUCCAGGAGAGAGGAAGAGAAGCUGGACAGGCUGAUUGCUAUUGGUGAGGAGGCCAGUGCCCAACAAGACACUGCCAAUGAGCUGCGCAGGGAUGCCGUCAUCGCUGUCAGACGCUUGGCAACAGCAGUGGAAGAAGCAACUGGUGCUUUUCAGCUAGGGCUUGAGAAGUUACUUCAGAGGUUGAUUUCAAACACCAAAAGCUAGGAACUGAUCAAAUGGAUGUUUCCCAAACAAGUCUGUUUCUAACAAUUGCCUUCUGGAACCCUGGCUCCUUUUCUGUGUCUUCAGAAAAAAAAAAAUAGAUGAACUGUAAUAUGUGGAACAGUGAUGGGUGCCUUUUCCUAAGAUUUUCUACUAACGGGAAGGCCUUUGAGGAAUGAAAGGGUGGCCUAGUAGAAACCGGAAGAAGCCAAAUCCACUCCCUAGCUUGUCCUGGCUUCCUCACUAAUGUGAGGCAAAUUUCUUACCUCUGUAACAGUUUCCUCAUCUGUUGAGGGGCAUCAGUAGUCAUUCCUGCCCUGCCUACCUCACAGGGUUGUUGUGAGGAUCAAGUGGCUUAUAGAUGUGACAGGAUUAAAGUCUGAAAGCACUAUACACAUGUAAGUUAUUAACACAUGCUUUUGGUAAGGCGAAGCUGGGCAAAGCACAUUCGCUUGCAACAUACAGAAGUGUAGCGGUAUCCUAUGACCUCAUUGCUUGAAUCUUUAUCAGUUUAACUCCUUUGCCUCUUAGAUUGAGAUCUUAAGGUCUUAAGUCUCUCUGUGGCUCACUAGUCUAGGCACAGCUGUAUUUGUGUCUCUGUCUCUUACAUUUUCACUGCUGUAUCUUUGACAUACCUACUAGCAAGCCCUCCUCUUAGUCUAUGCAGCUUCCCUGCUUUAGUUUUAGUAGUUCCUGGUCUCUGUGGAGAUAAGGAUCUGAUUGAGCACUGUGGGAAGGAAAGGUUUCCUAUUGGUAGACUUCAAUGUGGUAAAAUAGUGGCUGUUUUAUAAAGUGGAGAGUAUAAGUAAAUUCUUUGCAUUUUGUACUAUUUGAGCCCCUUUCCUGUGUUUACAUUGUGGUUGCCAUUUGAACAUGGAAAAACUGGAUUAUAUCCAUUUCCAAUCUGCCUGUGGCUGCUUGCAUUUGUUUCCAUGAGCUGGUCUUGGGUUUGGUGUCUAAGGUGUUACUGAGGGCAAGCCUAGAUCCAGAGUAACUUUUUUUUCCAAGUGCUGUAAGCAAGAGUUGGUAGGAUUGGUGGGUGUGGUGGAAGAGAGCAUCUGGUCUGCCCUUCCGUCAGCUUGGAGAACUGUGGAAGGUGAUAAAGGCCUCUGCCCGGGGACAGCUCUCUUUCAACACAAGCCUGAGCAAGUGCAUUCACGCCACAGGCACACAUCCCGCUGCACUGCGAGGGCUGGGUCUUGGUGGGUCCUGUAGUACUCGAGGAACACCAGCAAGAAUCUUGGGGAUUUAAAUGCCCUCCUGCAAUUAGGAAGCUCGGGAAAACAUGAGCAGGUAUGUUGGGAGAGGUUUGUUUCAAGGGGGCCAGUUGUAUUGUAGUUGGGUGCCAAGCUAGGAAUGUAGAUUAGUAAAGGAAAGGACAAAGCAGUGCUGGGACCUCCCUGAAACCAUAAAUAGGUGACAGACAGCAAGCUGCUGUAAGAGUGAGCACUGGUGGGCUGGAGAGAUGGCUCAGUGGUUAAGAACACUGUCUGUUCUCCCAGAGAUCCUGAGUUCAAUUCCCAGCAACCACAUGGUGGCUCACAACCAUCUAUAGUGGAAUCUGAUGCCCUCUUCUGGCAAGCAGGUGUACAUGCAGAUAGAGCCCUCAUUUAAUAAAAUAAAUAAAUCUAAGAAUGAGCACUGCCUGCAAGAGCCGUGUGUGCUGUGGAAUGCACUGCAGUCUGGUUAGAGCUCCUGACUCCAGUUCUGUCAUAGCUGUUUUCACUGGGUGAACCACUUACCCUUUUUGUGCCUCAAUUUCUUUUAUCUCUAAAUUGAAGAAUUUCUACUGGAUAAUUUUUAUAGUACCUUUCAGUUGUAGAACUUUAAAUAACAUGGUAAAGGUGAAAAUGGAGGUGAGCUAUUUAUAGUAUUUUCAGUCAGCAGCCAUUUAUAACUGUUUGAAGUACUGUUUACAAUUGUAUUUAAGGGCACCCUUUGUAGUAUUGAUGUUUAUUGAUAUGUUGGUGAAAGUUCAAAGCAUCAUGCUGGACAUCCAUAGAUGCCUUUCUUUCAUUGAAGUGGAUAUAUACAUGUCUGUUGUCUCUUGUGGUUAGGCCAUGACGUGGAAAGAUGCAUAUCUGUUUUAACCAAAUAAAGCUAAUAUAGAUAAGUUCUCUGCAGAAAACAGACCUACUUUAAGUCUAAUGGUGAUAGAGUACAUAGAUGGACCUCUGAUUGACAUGGGAGAAACGCUAAGGAACAAAAGUGAAGUUAAAUUUGAGGCAUUUGAAAACCUGAAUGGACAGAGUAACCAAAAUAAGGGAAUAAACCAUGAGGUCCUGAGGAGUUAACAAAACAUGCAGAACAGUAAAGGAGACAGUGGUGGGGGCCAAGCGUGAGAAAGCAGCCUGGAGGUCUUGCCUGAGCCUAGGCCUACCUGUUCCCUCCUCCAGCAAGCCUUUCACCAUCCUGUAACUCAGGUUCUUUCCCUAAAGUGGGAACUAACGAUUGCCCAUGCUACCUACCUCACAGGGGUGUUGUGAGGACCAGCACGCUGAUGAAUGUACACUUAGAUGUGUAGGCACUGGUCUUUAACAGGAGUGGGGAAGACCCCAUGCUACUCCGGUGCUGAUGUUGCCAAACCCAGGACCCUGAUAACUGUGAGAGAUGCCUGAGAAAGUAGACAUGGCGUUUGCUGGUAAGAAUUGUGAUGCGAUGGUAGGGCCGACACCGGAAGGGCACAAUGUGAAUGAGGCGCUGUGUGUACCAGCCUCCCACUGUUGUUCUCUGUCUACGUAACUUAAUCCUGCUGUGGACAAAUAAAGUUUUGACUUGUGUGUA